ACCAGAUUCACCCUCCAAUCGAUCUCGUGCUCGAGCUCGGCUCGUUCAGCCGUUCAGCCGGCCCCUCGCAUCCGCAAUUCCGCAUCCGAGAAGAGACGCCCUAAGCGCUAGCAGCCGGCCUUCCCUCUCCUCUCCCGCCGCCGCCGCCACCGUCGCCGUCGCCAGGCAUGGGGUACACGAAGGACCAGCUCCUCGCGCGCCUCCAGGAGCUCAAGAUUGACUUCACGUGCUACGAUCACCCUGUUGUGUUGACGGUGGAGGAGCAGGCCAAACAUGUUGGCCAUUUAGGAGGUGCUUUGAGUAAAAAUUUACUCUUGAAGGACAAGAAGCAUCGGUUAUAUGUUGUUUCUGCCCUUGUUGAAACCAAAGUUGAUAUGAAAAUUCUUUCUCAACGUCUUGGUUUGGGAAAAGGCGGUCUACGAAUGGCUCCUGAGGAAAAUCUUCUACAAGUACUUCAGGUGCCCUUAGGGUGUGUUACUCCUUUUGCAUUAAUAAAUGAGUCUGCAAGUGCUGUUUCACUAUUACUUGAUAAAGGUUUCAAGUCUAAACAGAGCUGCUACUUCCAUCCACUGACAAAUGAUGUGACAAUUGCUCUUAGCUCAAGCAAUCUGGACAAGUUUCUCAUCUCCAUUGGAAAGCAACCAGCAUAUGUGAACUUCGAGGAUGCACCAGCUGUUGGUAAGGAUAGUCCUGAUCUAGCACAUCUGGUGCCAUCUGGUGUCCCAAAUUCCUCAGUACAACCAGUUGAGAAUACGGCACAUACUAAUGUUCCUCAUCAAAAUAAUGUGCCCAAAGUGACAGAAGUGAAGGCUAAGCCCAAAGUUCAGAGCAAGGGGCCAGAAACGUCGCAGAGCAAAGUAGAUAAACCUACUAAUUGUACCAAUGUUGACGCCUUUGUAAAUGAUGUGUUUGACAUCAUCUCUCCAUUGUUCUUGUCUGAGGUAAGCCAGAGAGCUUAUCUACAAUACCCUUCAAUAUAUUGUGUGCACUUUUCUGUUGAUAUUAUUGUUGUGCAGGCAUUGAAAAAAUUGGAUGUUAAGAAGGAAGAGAUUUCUUCUAUCACAGAUGGCAUUAGGAGACGGGCUGCCCCAGAUUUGGAGAUUAUAGCGACGAGUCUGAAGAAUGCAUCAUACACCUCAGGGUUUCACGCUGGCUUCGAAACCAUGCUGAAUCGUGGUUUAAGUGGCCGAUCCUCACGUAACUAACUGGAUAGUUUGAUGCAAGAGACAGGAAUAUGAUUUUUACAUUUUUUGUAUGAUAUUGACGAUUGAAUUAAAUCGACCUGUUAUGUUUGAGGCUCCCUGUUCUAUGACGUCCACACUCGUGUUUUCUAUUUGUUCAAUUUGUUUCUGAGAAGUUGAUAGAUAAAUGAGAAAAAAUUCACCA